AUGCGUGACGUGGGCGAGGCGUCCCAGAACGUGAACACGACGUGGCGCUGCAUCGAUCAAGAAGACGAUAGAGACCACCAAAGACACGACAUUGGCGUGUCUAAAGACGAACACUGCCAGCUUUCCACAAAGGGAGAGGAAAGCAACGACAUGCGUGGCUCAGGACGAGGCCCGACGCAAAUCGGCAUAUCGUGGCACACACUCAACGAGGUAGAAAUAGCAAUGACCGAGGCUCACAUGGUGGCCGCGGUGGUCGUGCUGGCUUGCAUUCAAGAGGCUGCAAGCCUGGCGAUGGAGUUGAUCUGGAUGGCUGUGACGGUGGCAGCCCUUUUCUGGGGAGUCGUGGUAACAACCGUGGUCGUCGCCGGGGCCGGGGUCGCGCUGGUUGUGCUUCUGCUGCCGAUCCUGGCCACCCGGCUCCUCCGCGAGAGGCCCACGGGGCUCUGA